GCUGUUUGCUGUUUGCCAGUUGCACUCGAUUCUCAGAAGACGUCGUCCACUCUGCCGCUCUGCGCCCAUCGAGUGUCUCGUUUUUGUGCGUUAUUUUGUUUUGUGCCCUUCGCCGUUUGGGGACGUUUUCACCGGAGCAGGAUCCAAAUUUAUUAAAUUUUCUUUGGUGUGUUUUGUCAGAUGAUCAGUGAGAUCACGACGAUCCAAACGGGACGUUUUCUUUUCUUUUGUGGCGGUUAAAUUCAAAUGUGGUUGACGUUAUUUACGCGUUCCGUCCACGAUUCCACUAAUUUAUCGCAGUGAACGAGCGAAUUAAAAUGGAUCCGUCGGGCGCAGCCGUGGAGUUACCUGCUCUUCCGCCAAUGCCAGAACCGACGACGGACCAGGACCGGAAGGAAGAAGGGACGCCGGAGACGCCAGACCAGGACCAAGUAACAAUCCAAGCCAUGUUCGCGUUGAACGACGGAGAAGAUUCGGCCACAGAAAGUCUACCGCCCGUGGAAGAACUCUGCGAGGAACCGCACGACCGAUCGGACGGUUCCGAUUCCGGUUUGGGCUCGGAACUGUCCGAGGAACGACCCGAGGUGCCGACCAGCACGACGCCCUCUUUGCCAGAGAGCGACAGCGAACCGUCCUUCCUCGAUCGGCUGCAGGAGAACACGAUUUCGGCGAGCCGAUUCGAAGAGUUCGCCAGCCAGAGGAUGCAGAACGAGUUGGAGGCGGCACCCGCCGUCCCACUGCCGACUCCGGACCAGAAGAAACCGGCCAGAAGCAGUCUGAAACGCAAGCUGUCUCAGGACGUGGACGUGGAUCAGCCCAAGUGCAAGAAAAAGAGAGGCAUCACCUUUGACAGCGUGACGGUGUACUACUUCCCGCGCGCCCAAGGUUUCACCUGCGUCCCUUCGCAGGGCGGAAGCACCUUGGGCAUGGGCUCCAGCCACAGUCACAUGAGGACGUUCACGCUGAACGAACACGCCAACGAGCAACGGCGCAUCCACCGACAGCUCCUGCAGCAGCUCCGUUCCGAACGGAACGUCGUCAAAACCAACGUCGUCUCGUCCAGCGACGAAAGCGACAGCGAGGACGAUCCCAGCGACGCCUCCGAAUCCGAAAUGGACCUGGACAAUUAUUACUUUUUGCAGCCGGUGCCGGCACGGCAACGUAGAGCGUUGCUGCGUGCGGCCGGAGUACGGAAGAUCGACGCGCUGGAGAAGGACGAGUGUCGGGAUAUCCGUUCCUCGAGAGAGUUCUGCGGUUGCGGAUGCAAAGGAUUCUGCGACCCGGACACGUGUUCCUGCAAUCAAGCCGGAAUCAAAUGUCAGGUGGACAGACUCAACUUUCCUUGCGGUUGUUCCAGAGAUAAUUGCGGCAAUUCCACCGGAAGGAUCGAGUUCAAUCCCGUACGGGUGCGCACUCAUUUCAUUCACACCAUUAUGAGACUGGAACUGGAGAAGAAACAGGAAAAAGAGGAGGAGAACAUGAAGACCGAACGAAAGGACUGGAUGGACAAUGAUCGGCUAAACGUUCACUACAAUCAUCAUCAACAUCACCAUCAUCAACAACAACAACAACAACAACAGAAAGACGAACAGCAAGACCAAGGCAAGUUAGGAAUGAAAUACGGAGGCAAUUUACUCAGAGAUGUAAAUCUGGAAUCAAAUGUGGAAGUGGAGAAUUGCGUUCACAGCGGUUCCUUCACGAAUCUACAUUACGGAGCACCGGGAGAAGGGCCGGGAACGAUACAUAAUCAGCAACAGUUCCAGCACCUGCCCAACAGAGAAGACUCCCUAGAUCUGUACUCGUUUCGAGAGGAAUGUUACGGGGAGGAAACCAGAGACGUACCCAACGACAGAAAACAGCAACAACAACAGCAACAGCCAUCUUUCAAUGCACAAACGUUUCAUUUCCCCGAACCCAGAUUCUCAGAUGUCAGUUUUCAGUCGAAUUACCAUCAUUCGUCGAACGGAAACCAGUAUCCGCAAUAUCAGACCAGUUUCAGCGAUUUCGCACCAGUUUUCAACCCGUACAAUCCGUACACAACUGACUUCGGUACCAAACCACUGGAGAAUUACCAACAGCAGCAGCAGCAGCAGCAACAGCAGCAGCAGCAGCAGCAACAACAACAGCAGCAACAACAGCCGCAACAACAUUCGCAACCGCAGCUAAGUGGCUACGAGCAUUUCAAUUCUGGCGACGGUUUUCAGGAGGGCAAAUACACGAGUUUAAAUCCUGUCGGGUCCAACAAUAAGAUCGAGUCGUAUUCGGAUUUGCUGCAGGGCAGAUACAACUACCAAAAUUACGACGAGGCAAAUUAUUUAAGUCAAAGUACCGAAAUUAGAGAGAAAAGUGAGACGAAUUCGGGGAACGAGAAUUCGGAAGACUUGGACGAAAAUUUUGGGGAAAUCAUAAAAAAGUCGAUGGUAGAAACGGUCUCCGCAUAAGUUAUACUAAUCGAUAAUUUAAACUAAUAUGUAUAUGCAAUUAUUACGUUCCAAUAUAGAAUAUGAAACUAUUAUAUAAUGUAAAUGAUUUAUAUAUGAAAUUGUAGAAAAAUAUUAGAGAAAAAAGUGUUUUAAUAAAUGUUGUGAAAAACUCUUUUUUAUUAA